AUGGUGUCCCUCAUUCCAUCGCGCCUCAAACGCACCACCUCCAAGUCCAACACACACUCUCUCGCCAACAGCCGUAGCACGAGCCCGAUGAGACCCGUCAACUCAAACACAUCGAGCCCCGAGGGCCGGAGAGACCCGGGCUUGGUCUUGAAAGUCGUCGUUAUCCGUGCAAGGAAUUUGGCUGCCAAAGACCGAGGCGGUACAUCUGAUCCUUACAUCCAACUGAACUCUGGCGAAACGAAGUUCCUCACGCACUGCAUCCCCAAGACCCUGAAUCCGGAAUGGAACAUAGUCACUACCGUGCCCAUCGUCGGCGUUGAGAACCUCCUUCUCGAAUUUAUAUGCUGGGACAAGGAUAGAUUCAAGAAGGACUAUAUGGGAGAGUUUGACUUGGCCCUCGAGGAAAUCUUCGCCAACGAUCAGACAGAGCAAGCGCCCAGAUGGUUUCCCCUCAGAAGCAAGAGGUCCGGCAAGAAGGACAAUGUAGUUUCGGGAGAGGUGUUUCUGCAGUUCACCUUGUUCGAUGCGGCCGAUCACCAAGCUCCACCCGCCCAGGUCCUAGACAAGCUUCGCCAGCUGGCUCGCUCUCUUCCUGAGGCGGCCUCCCGAAAUGUAACCCCCACGAGGACACCCGUCCUCGGCCCGCGAUCCAACUCCCGGGGCAACUUGUCUGACCUCCAGCGGAGUGGCACGGACAACUCGCAGGACGACGACGAGGACUACGACGAGGACGUCCUGGAUGAUGACGAGACCCCCGACGACGAAGAUCCUAACAGGCCCGAGGCUGUGGAGAAGCGCAAGCGGAGAAUGAGAAUCAAGGGGCUGAAGCGCAAGAAGAGACAGAAUCCAUACGAGUUCACAAACGGCGGUAGCGAUGUCGUUGGCCUUGUCUUCCUGGAGAUUGGAAACAUUACCGACUUGCCCCCUGAGUCCAACUUCACCAAGACCAGCUUUGACAUGGACCCAUUCGUUGUGGCAUCCCUCGGCAAGAAAACCUAUAGGACCAAGGUCGUUCGGCAUAAUCUGAACCCCGUCUUCAACGAGAAGAUGCUGUUCCAGGUCUUGAGCCACGAGAAGGGUUACUCUUUCUCUUUCACUGUCAUGGACCGUGACAAGUACUCCGGAAACGAUUUUAUUGCCUCGACGUCUUUUCCACUGAAGGAAAUCAUCGACAAGUCGCCAAAAGCGGACCCUGAGACUGGUCUUUAUGAUCUCAAAGACCCCCCGGAGUACGCGCCGACCAAGGAGAAGAAGUCAAGACUGGCAAAGUUGGGCAUGUCAAGAAGUCCGUCCUCGCAAAGCUUGAACAAAGGACGACCACCCAUGACCAAGACUCCAUCAAGCUUGUCCCAGACGGACUCACCAGCGGGCGUGGCAGCCAAUCCCGACCCGAACAUGUUGACUGCUGAGCAACUACCAGUCUUGAACGCUCCUGGCGCCGAAGCCGGUGAAGCCGCGUCAGACGAUCCCGAUUUCGUUCCUUUUACGGUGCCCCUGACGAUGAAGAACCUAGAGAAAUGGGAGGCCAAGCACAACCCGCAGUUGUUCAUCCGCGCAAAGUAUAUGCCAUACCCUGCUCUGCGACAACAAUUCUGGCGCUCUAUGUUGAGGCAAUACGAUACUGAUGAAAGCGGCACAAUCAGCAAAGUCGAAUUGACCACUAUGCUCGACACUCUCGGCUCGACGCUGCGCGAGUCAACUAUUGAUAGCUUCUUCCAGAGGUUCCCUCACAAGGCAGUCAACGACGAAGAGAGUAGUAAUCUCACCAUCAAUGAGGCUGUUAUCUGUCUGGAAGAUCAAUUGGAGCAGAAGAGCAAGACUCCCACAAUGGGCGACAGGAUGAAGAAUGCACUGCCAGAUGCCGGAAAAGUCAGAGACAUGUUGACCGAUGCCUCGUUCACCCUCAGCUCCCAGGAUUCGACUGUUCAAGGCGAACAACCCUCGACAUCUACACUCGUCGUCCCUGAACUUAGUACGCCCGGGGAGGAAGGCGACAAUUUGGAGCGGGACGAUCUUAACGUGAACAAAGCAGAAGAACAUGUCGUCGAGAUUCGCGAAUGCCCUAUUUGCCACCAGCCGCGCUUGAAUAAGCGCAAUGACACAGAUAUCAUCACGCACAUUGCAACCUGCGCCAGUCAGGACUGGCGCCAGGUCAACUCGAUUAUGAUGGGUGGGUUUGUGACUGCCAGCCAGGCCCAGAGGAAGUGGUACUCAAAGAUCAUCACCAAGAUCUCUUACGGUGGUUACAAGCUGGGAGCCAACUCAGCCAACAUCUUGGUGCAGGACCGCAUCACUGGACAGAUCAACGAGGAGAAGAUGAGUGUCUACGUUAGACUCGGCAUUAGGCUACUAUACAAGGGUCUCAAAUCCAAGGAUAUGGAGAAGAAGAGAAUUCGGAAGCUUCUCAAGAGUCUGAGCAUCAAGCAGGGCAAGAAGUAUGACGACCCGGCAUCGAGGGAGGACAUCCCUGGCUUCAUCAAGUUCCAUAACCUGAACAUGAACGAAGUUCUCUUGCCCCUGGAAGAGUUCAAGAACUUCAACGAGUUCUUCUACCGUGCCUUGAAGCCAAACGCUAGACCCUGCUCGGCGCCCGACGACCCAAACAUUCUUGUGUCACCUGCCGAUUGUCGUUCCGUUGUUUUCAACAGCGUCGACUCAGCAACCAGUGUCUGGGUCAAGGGCCGCGAGUUUUCUAUCAAACGGCUCCUCGGAGACGCGUACCCCGAAGAUGUGCCGCGAUACGAACGAGGCGCCCUUGGUAUCUUCCGCCUGGCUCCCCAGGACUAUCACCGUUUCCAUAUCCCAGUAGACGGCAUUUUGCGUACGCCCAAGCUCAUCGAGGGUGAAUACUAUACUGUCAAUCCCAUGGCUAUCCGCUCGGCACUCGAUGUGUACGGCGAAAACGUCCGUGUUAUUUGCCCCAUCGAUACCCCCAAUCAUGGUCGCGUCAUGGUCAUCUGUGUUGGUGCUAUGAUGGUCGGAAGUACUGUCAUUACCCGGCAAGACGGAGAAGAAGUUCACCGAGCUGAAGAGCUUGGGUACUUCAAGUUUGGCGGCAGCACCAUUGUGCUUCUCUUUGAGGAAGGCAAGAUGCUAUUCGAUGAUGAUUUGGUAGACAACUCCAAUAGUGCUGUUGAGACUUUGAUCUCUGUCGGCAUGUCUAUUGGGCAUAGCACAAACACUCCUCAAUGGACCCCAGACAUGCGGAAAGAUCCCAGUGAUAUCACCGAGGAAGAUAAGAAGGAGGCUGACCGUCGCAUCCGCGGUGGAGGUGAAGGGACUACAACACUUCCUUAG